GGUAUGGGUUUUCAUUGCACAAAAAUGCUCCAUUUGUCUUUCCUUAGUUCCAUCUGUUCUGGAGAAUUGUCCUGAAUUGUUCUGCUGAUCAAAAUAUAAAAGCAACAACUACUCCAUUCCAGGCGCAUCAGCGGGGCGUCGCUACCGGGUUGCUGUACCAUGACGUCUGCACGUUCUGUCCCCGCCCCCUGCUGGUGUCCGGCCAGUAGCGGAAGUUCCGUUCCGUCGUGAACUGGGACAGCAAGCGCACCUCUUACAGUGUAUGUGUGGCAACAACAUGUCUGUGCCGCUGCUCGCCGAAGCCGUGACGGUGUCCGGGAUGGAGAAGGAGACCGCGGCGGUGAUCUUCCUUCAUGGAUUGGGAGACUCAGGGCAUGGGUGGGCUGACACUUUGACGGGGAUCCAGCUGCCUCACGUCAAGUUCAUCUGCCCCCACGCGCCCCAAAUCCCCGUCACUCUCAACAUGAAGAUGAUGAUGCCCGCAUGGUUUGACCUCAUGGGUCUCAGCCCCGAUUCCCCAGAGGACGAAUCUGGAAUCAAGAAGGCAGCAGAAAACAUCAAGGCCAUAAUCGAACAUGAGGCCAAAAAUGGGAUCCCCCCAAACCGUAUAAUGCUUGGUGGCUUCUCUCAGGGUGGGGCCUUGUCCUUGUAUACCGCCCUGACCUGCCAGCAUCAGCUGGCUGGUGUUGUAGCCCUCAGUUGCUGGCUGCCGCUUCACAGGAGUUUCCCAUCGGCGUCAAGCGGCAACAAGAGCCUCCCGAUCCUGCAGUGCCACGGUGAGGUGGACCCCAUGAUCCCUGUGCAGUUUGGUGCCAUGACCGCAGAAAAACUCAAAUCCAUAGUUAACCCUCAGAUGAUCACCUUUAAAACCUACCCAGGGCUCUCUCACAGCUCCUCUCCUCAGGAGAUGGCGGCUGUAAAGGAAUUUAUCGAGAUGCAUUUGCCCCGAAUCUGACCUCACCUCAUCCCCACUGUGACCCCCUGAGACACUGACCUCUCACCCCUGAUCUGCCAUUCUCCCACAGGAAACAGCCAUGAGCACCCCUCCCCCUUUCCACGCACACCCACAAGACAACACGCAUGAACACGCACACACACAUAUACACACGUGUAAUAUUAACGAUUUGAUCCACACUGGUAAACAAAACCUGUGCUUCUCAUGCAGUCCAAUCCAAUAACACUCAUACUGAAAACAGAUUUGUCAAACACACUGAUUUGACAGUAACAUAACCAAGUGCUCUCACUCACAAGUCUUAGCCUUCGGAGGGAGAAACACUGACUCACACUAUACAUUCCCUUUGGUUUUAUUUAAACAACCUGUCUUUUGCCACCAGCUCAACCUCAGUUUUUCUCUGCUUUUACCUCAUUUUGCUUCAUCUUAACCCAUUUUUCAGCCGCCACAUUCUCCAUUGCUUCCACUGCCACGCCUUUCCCUCUUGCAUUGUUGUGUCAGUUUAGACAUUUAGUGGAAAAAACAAAAAUAAGACUGAGCCUGAUAGGCAGGUUAACACCUCUCUGAUACUGUCCGUGACCAUACUAAGGUACAGUCAGACCAGUUUUGGCUUCCAGUGCGUUUCUGUGUAGAAAAGGGGGCAAAACAUGCUUUGCUUUACGCAAAGUUCAAAUUGAUGUAACUUUGACACAAAAUCUUGAGGCUUUUCAUUGUGCAACCAGUUUGAGAGAAAAGGUGGGAUUGACCUUUUGUUCAGGAAAAUCGUUUCUUUAUAGAAGAAGGGCUGCUGGUUGGCCGCAGUGAGUGCAAGGACAGUGACGGGGGUUAAUGACGGUAAAAUGUUUAAUAAAAUGCUGUGUAAUUCACAACUUUAUCAACUGCUGUUGUUAACCUACUAACCAUGCUAGCUCCCGCAGUUUAUGUUUACAACCCUUCCCAUACUAUUUCCUGUCCCUUUCUGGUUUUUGCUACAUUAAGCGAGUAAGUUUCACCAGGCUAAAUUCGGUCUGACGGCAGCUUCACUCCAGUGCUGGAGUCCACCAGAGUCUGACUCAGGUGUGGCAAGUGCUGGUUUUAAAGCUGGAGCAGCAGGCUUACCACCAACCCACCCAUUCCACUGCCUACCACCCCAAGACAGUGCAUCCUGUCCGGGUCUUGAAUCUUGAUCACUUAGCUACGAACGCCUCUUUUAUUGAAGUACCAACAUCCAUGGGGACCUCACAUUACUUUUUUUUUUAAUGAUUGUGAUAAAACAUCUUGAAUUAUAUGAAGAGAAUCCAAUUGAAAUAAAAGAAAACUAAUCAAUCGAUACAUUUGCCACCCUGUGUUUUGUUUUUUUUGUUUGUUUUUUUUCCCAAAACUUCCACAUCUGCAUGGUUGUAGUGUCUUUCUGCUUUGGCUGUGAUUCUUUCCUCAUUACCUCAGUUGAUUUCCUUUUUUUAAUGAUUGUAGGCGUAAAGGUGAAUGAGUGAUCAGUACGAGCUGCAUGAAAUAAUGCAUCACUCCAGAUGGUUGCAGACCCGCACAGACUGCACACCACGAGUCGUUUCACUGUUCCUCCCACCGACACUUCAUCUUUAAAGAUUUCCUCCAUUGAGGUUUUAUCGUUUCAGCAGCAUCCACCGCAUGAACACCCUCCUAUCCAUUAGUCCCAACUGAUUUUCAGUGAUGUUUGGUUGUUUUAAACUCUGGGAAACCUGCUUCCUUCAUAUCUUCUUCCAUAACACCAAAGCAGCCCGGAGUUUAGAACUAGCACAGACCAUUUAUUCAAAAGAAAAUGUAGGAAAUAUUCCCUUACCAGCUCCCUCCUCUGGCAACUUACUGUAACCCACUAAUAAAACACUGAAGGUCAGAUUUAAAGGUAAAUCCAAAACUAUUAUAGUUCACCUCUUUAAAAAAAAUGGCUAUACACUGGGAGGGCUUUGGCAAGAAGCUGUUCCAACAUAACUGAAGAGUGAUUUUACAAAUUAAAAAAAAAAGUUAAUCUUGAAUAACUUGUGAUCCUUGGACAUAGGAGUGUAACUCUGAGGAGUCGUGUGUGCGUAAAAAUAUAUAUCAGGUGUUCUGCAUUUUCCUUUGUGAAUGUUAAUUUUACUCUCCUCAUGAUUACCUGUUCUAUAUUGCUGUUCUCAAACCUGAUUUUUAAAACAAAAAAAACAUUGGAAAAGGACAAGACGUCUGUUUUGAUUGUUGUUCACAAAUCAAUGAAUGUCUCUUUUAUCUCCUCGAGUCCUUUUAUAUUUUCCUGUCACUCUAAGUCUCUGAUGCAGCCCCGCGUUCUGUUCGCUUCUCAUUAUUUAGUUUAUUUUUUAUCCUUUUUGACACCUUCACUGUUUUUUAUUGUUCCAAAAUUCCCCCUUGUGUGACGAUGUCGCACUGUCUCGUGUGUGUUUUCUCUUGGGUUGUAUUUUGUCAUUGGUCAAACUUUUUACAUAUGUGUUUUUUGUUUAAUGGACUUAUGUUUGUUGUGUUUUGUCACUGUUGUCAUCUCAUCCUUUUUUUUUUGUCUGUUGAAUGAUGAGCAUUAAGAAAACAUGUUGAGGUGAGACUGAUGGUCUCUCCAAUUAUUUUGUUUCCAAAACACCUGUAUGCGGAAUAAAUGACCAAAAAAAGUC